AUGGUGUACGGUGAUAAAACUCUCUUCGAGCAAUUCGACCCCGACAUCCAGCGUCAGAUCGAGCUUCUCUGCGUGGAGAUCAAAUCCAUCCUGCAGGAAGGCGUUUAUCUUCUCGAACGCCGAUACGGUGUUUCGAAAGAGUGCAGUUACAAGGAGUCGCCAACCGCUUCUCUUCUGAAUGUAUCUACCCUGUCGCUUUCCCGAAACCGGUCGGCUUCAUCUGGCUCCUUGAACAGCUUGUCGUGGGGCCGUGCCAGCCCUUCUCUGCCGGGACUUCUCCGAUGGUCUUUGCGCGAUAAAAAGCGAGUCGAGGCUAUUCUGCAAUCGUUCAAGGAUCGCAAUUCCCGGCUAAAGAAGAAGGUGGAGCUCUGGUGUCUCGCAUCGCAACUGGGAAUUUCACCGGAGCAUUUGAUGCAUCUUCAAAUGGAUGAAUCUUCGAGGAAACUCGGUUUUGAUCAAGAUGCUUCACUGCGCCUAGCUCAAUUGGAUGCAGGGAAGAUGAUCGCAUCCCUAGAGCUUAUGGGUCCUUCAUGGGACUCUCAUCUCAAAGAGAUUCAACCCGUCGAGAACCAGGGCAUGUUCGCCAUGUUCGUGAAGAACAAUGUUGCCUAUAUCCAGGAGAACCAUCAUUACGAUGCCAUGGCCACACCAGCCAGUCCUGGGCACGAUGUUGAUGCGCGGACUCGGGGUCGGAUCGAAUCGCUCGCCAAGCUUCUGCACCAACCCAAAGAGCAGGUAUUUCGUGUCCUUCCUUGUAUGGGGUGGAAAUAUUUGCCUCGUCAAAGCUCGAUCGCGUUUGUCUUUGAGGUCCAGCCCAAGCCUAUAGGAGCACCAGUUAGUCUCCAGAGACUGCUCUUCAACAAUGACCUGCGUCCAGAACUUGGAGACAAGUUUCGCCUUGCCCUCGGUCUCUCGAAAUGUAUUGCUCAGAUGCACAUGGUCCAAUGGCUGCACGAGAGUUUCCGAAGCGACAAUAUCCUGCUCCUGCCCCAUCGUGUCGAUGAUGAAAAGAUGGGUACCCGUGUCGCAGUGAACUAUCCAGAGCCGUGGGUUCUUGGCUUCGAGUUCAGUCGUCCAGAGCCUUUCUUCUCCGUGGGGCAUUCGGACUUUGAGCCGACGCGAGACAUCUACCGCCAUCCUGACCGCCAAGGCCAGCCGGCGGAGAUGUUCAAGAAGAUUCACGACAUAUACGCGUUGGGAGUCGUUUUGCUGGAGAUUGGCCUGUGGGAGCCGGCAGUCAAACUGGAGAAGAACAUGUUCUCGCAUGCAAACAAUCCCAGUGCUGUCCAGGCGCAGUUGAUUAAACAUGCCCAAAGGAGGCUGGAGUCACGUGUUGGGCGAAAGUAUAAAGAGGUUGUCAUAAAGUGUCUUACAGGAGACUUUGGUGUAGAGGACGAUACGAAGGAAGAUCUGAGAUUGCAGCAGGCAUUCCGACAUCAGAUUGUUGAUGUUAUUGAGAUGGCCGCGAAUUAUGUUUAA